AUGGAGAAAGGUAAUAAGACUAUUGUGACUGAAUUCAUCCUUCUGGGAUUUCAGACCGUUCGCUCUGUUGAGAUUCUGAUCUUCAUCACCUUCUUCUUUGUGUAUGCAUUGACCAUUAUGGGUAAUGUCACACUAAUUACACUGGUACUUACCAAUCACCAUCUUCAAUUGCCCAUGUAUUUUUUCUUGAGUAAUCUCUCAUUCCUGGAGCUCAUGAUCACUUCAACCGUCAUGCCUAAGAUGCUAAUAAAUAUAAUCACAGGAAAGAAGAACAUCUCUUUUGUGGGCUGUCUUACUCAGUCAUUCUUCUAUUUCCUUAUGGGCUCAACUGAAUUUUUCAUCCUGGCUGUAAUGUCCAUUGACCGUUACGUUGCAAUAUGCUACCCCCUGCGCUAUGCAUCCAUUAUGAACAGCAAAGCCUGUUUCCAGCUCCUUUUGGGGUCAUGGGUUGGUGGUUUCUUGAUUAUUCUAGUUCCCAGCAUUGUGACAGCUGGUCUAUCAUUCUGUGGCCCAAAUAUUGUCAACCACUUCUUCUGUGACAGUGCCCCCUUACUCAAGCUUGUCUGUGGUGACACAUCAUUGGCUGAAAGGGUUGAUUUUGGGACUUCUUCCAUAUUGCUUCUGGGUUCACUUCUCAUAACAGUUGUGUCAUACAUUUACAUUAUUAUUGCUGUCCUGAAGAUACCAUCAGCACAAGGGCGACAAAAGGCCUUCUCAACCUGUGUUUCUCAUAUCACUGUGGUAAUAUUGUACUAUGGGAGCUCUAUCUUCAUUUAUGUCCGUCCCACUAAAGGGAACAUUCUGGAUUUCAACAAAAUAGGCACUGUACUGAACACAAUGGUGACACCCAUGCUAAAUCCUUUCAUAUACAGUCUGAGAAAUGAGAAAGUGAAGGAUUCCCUUAGAGUUAUCUUUAAUCAAAGAAAACUAAUUCUUAAGAAAUGA